CAGAUGGAGCUGGACAGCCGGCUGCUGCUCUGCUUUCUGCCGCCGCAUCUCCUGCUGUUUGACCGGGUCACGCCACCGUCAACGCCUCACUCAUUACAGAACCAUUGAAGGUAAACCCUACUGAAGGAGAACUUUGUAAUAACAUCUAUAUACCAUGUCAGUUCGCGUUAAGUUGAAAUACCCUGCCGAGAUUUAGCAUGUAGCUCUGUUGCUGCUAGCGAGUGGAUUCACUGGGCUAAUCGCGUUAGCUAGUGUUCGGAAUUUAAAUAACGCCGAGUGGAAAUCAUCGUCGUUUAUUCAGCGAACCGCUCCAGAAAUGCGCACUACAUUGCCUCAGCUGGACGUUAGCUCACUGGAUUACUGCGCGGUGUUGUGGGGCACCUGUGUCCUGCCCGGGAGCGUCAGCCACAGCGACCCGCAGAAUGAGUGACCGUCAUGUCAGAGCUGAGGUUCAUCUGGAGCAGAUGAAGUCGCUCGGAGUUGAUGUGGAGAAGCUGAGUGUGGAUGCAGAGCAGCCCUCUGUCUCACCGGUCCCUUCCAGCAUCUCCACAGUCCAAACCUCCAUCACUUGUAAACAAGCAGAGAGAGGGCGAAGCAAACCUUCCAAAGAUGAAAAGAACUCCUCAGUCAAGAGCUUUUACAGCACGGGGCCUGGGAAGGUUCUCCAGGAGAAUGGGAAGAUGCCCGUGGGCAAGCAGGAAAACAAUGGCAACUACAUAAGCAAUAACACCAAACCCAGAAACAGCCAAGAGAGCAGCCGUGGUGACGGACCCAAGCAUCCCAAGAGGAGGCGGCCGGUGACGGUGGACACUUCCAAAGCCAAAACCUCCCUGGAGGCCCUGAAGAUCAGCAUCAAGACGCUCAAAUGGAGAGAGUUUCCGAUGGGCAGACGAGCCUCGUGCGACAUCUACUGGCACGGCGUGUCCUUCCAUGACAAUGAAAACAUCGUCUCAGGGCAGGUCAACAAGUUCCCAGGGAUGCUGGAGAUGUCCAGGAAGAUCAACUUGAGUCGGGCAGUGAGGACGAUGCAGGAGCUUUUCCCAGAAGAGUACGACUUCUAUCCUCGAUCCUGGAUCCUGCCUGAGGAAUACCAGCAGUUUAGCACUCAGAUUCGCCUGCUGAAGGAGAACGAUGCGAGCGUCAACCCCACGUUCAUCGUUAAACCGGACGGAGGCUCUCAGGGCGACGGCAUCUACCUCAUCCGGGACCCGGCCGACCUGAAGCUGGUGGCUGGUUCCCAGGCCAAGCAGUUUGUGGUGCAGGAGUACAUCCAGAAGCCAUUACUCAUUGACAAGCUCAAGUUUGAUAUUCGCCUCUAUGUGCUGCUCAAGUCCCUGGAGCCUCUGGAGAUCUACAUCGCCAAGGAAGGCCUGACCCGCUUCUGCACCGAGCCCUACCAGGAGCCAAGCCAGAAGAACCUAAGCCACGUCUUCAUGCACUUGACCAACUACUCCCUCAACGUUCACAGUGGCAACUUCGUCCACUCUGACUGCGAGAGCACGGGCAGCAAGCGCACGCUCUCUAGCGUUCUCUACAGGCUGGCGGCGAAAGGCGUGGACAUUAAGAAGGUCUGGUCGGACAUCAUCGCUCUGGUCAUCAAGACUGUCAUCGCCGUGGUGCCUGAACUCAGGGUCCACCAUCAGGCCGACAUCCCGCCUGGUAAACCUGGACCCACGUGCUUCCAGAUUUUAGGAUUUGAUAUAUUGCUGACGAAGAACCUGAAGCCAGUGUUGCUGGAAGUCAACUCCAACCCCAGCAUGAGGAUAGAACAUGAGCAGGAGGUGACUCCUGGAGUUUUCCAAUAUGUCCCCAGUCCGGUUGAUGAAGAGGUGAAGGUGGGAGUGAUCCGAGACACACUGCGCCUUAUGGACCCCGGCCUCAAAAGAACAUCCACAAGUUCUCAACCAAAGACUGGCUGGUUUGAGCGAGGUGAGGAAAUACCGAGCGAAGCCGACACACAGUCUCACAGUCCUGAUGAGGGAGGAGCUCUUCCCUCCCUCUGUCUGAAGCAGGUUUACCCCAAAUACACCAAGCAGUUCAACUACCUGCGUGCGGUUGAACGAAUAGCGUGUCUCUUCAUCCGCUUCCUCGGCGUGAAGGGCAACAUGCGCCUGGGCCCCACUGCCUUCCGAACUUUCAUUAGGACCUGUAAGCUCAGCAACAGCAACUUCACCAUGGCUUCAGUGGACAUCCUGUACAUCGACAUCGCACGACGAUGGUCCGGGACGAUAUCUGACUACAGGGAAGCAGGUAUGGGUCUCCAGGCCUUUGUUGAAGCCUUCUUCCAGCUGGCCAGUCGAAGGUUCAAAUCCCAGACGCUCCAAGAGCAAGUGGCGUCUCUACUGGAGCUGUGCGAGUCUCAGCUGGAGUCGCAGGCCAUCGUGGAGGACCGUCGCUCGGUGAGCUGCAGCAGAGCUCAGUCGAGAUCCGUCAAGACUCUGGGCCUCGCCAACGCACAGCUCAACUCGCCGGCACCCCUGCGAAGGGCGGCCAGUCAGGACUACCGCCUGCACCAGCGACUCAAGCCGCGCACACUCAGGGCCAACGUGGAGAACUGAAGAGCGCCUCCCAAUGCUCGGCUCACCGGCACCGACGAGAGUUGAGAGGGUGAGCUGGACCCCUGCUAGCUGGCUUGAAGGCGCUGUCUGCGGGGUUGCCAGUCUAGAGUGGAGGAUAUUGGUGCGUGCUCUGCCCCCUCCUGCUGCGAUCACAGGUGAAGCUGGUGGUCCAGUCAGGGGAAGAGCAACGCUGCUGUUUGUAUUUACUCCUGUUUUCUUUGGCAGCUGUCUGCUUCACGUUGUCACUGGAACCUUCUUUGCAGGGAUUUUAACAAAUGCAGUUAAUCAUGUCACGCAGGUACUUUACAGCAGUUGGACUUUAUAUUUUGAAUCCUGGCAUGAGGUCUUCGUGUCAUUCAUUCACCCAACAUUACCUGACUCAAAACAGAGCAGUAAAAACCUAAAUUGUCACUGGGUGAACUGAAGUGAUUCAAGAUCUGUUCCUGCGUUCAAAAUAAAAGCAACACAAUGCUAGCACAGUUUAGCUCAUCCUAUUCUUGAAUUUGCACUCAAAGCUUUGUAUUUGCACAUUACUGAAUGUGAGCGACGGCAUGUGUGUCCGUGUGGGUGCGCCAGUUAAGAGUCGACGCUGCUGCUGCUGCGAGUCUAUUUAGCUGUGAACGCUGACGGUAUUCAAAGGCAAAAGGCCACGCAGCGACUUAAUCUCUUUGACUUCCGAGGCUAUUUCAGCCUUCGGCGAGGAAGCAGGAGAAGACGGUUACAAGUGGUGCAAAAGUGUCUAUGGUGGAAUGAUGGAAGUGUGGAAGUGAGACUCGCUGGCUACGUUCACAUGGAUAACACUGAGUGGUUUAAAAAUAAUCGUGAAAUGAGGUUAAAGACGCACUGAAAUGGCCAUCUGGUGCUGGAGUUGUAUAUGCAGACACCUACGAUGUCCUCCUCCCUGAGCUUGCUGAAGCUGGUGCUUCUGACAACUUCACCAUUCACUUCCACUGCUUUUUCUCAAGUGCCCAUGUUUUUGGAGUUCAGCAGGUGACGCACUUGUUUAAGAGGUGAGGAGUCGGGACACCACAUAUUUUAGAGCAGAGAGGGCCCUCCUGUGGGCUCUGUAUGAGGACGCUGCCUCGUGAAGCUUCCGUCACAGGUAAAAAGCCUUGACUGAAAUGCCUAGUUUAUGAUCACGCAGCUGUGUUUUUGGGGUUACCUCAAGCCUCCCUGCUAGAUGAUGGAUGCUACCCCGGUAAAAGUGAUGUGUGUGGUUCGAUCAGACUCCAUGUGAACGUAGCCACUGACUUCAUUGUAACAAAUGCUCCACCGUCUUGUGCUCUCAUCCCUGAGCAUCUGUUUGUCUUGCACACGCAGGCUGCAUUAUAUCGUCUACUUGAACCAUGAGUCGCGCUAUACAUAUGUGCUGUUUUAUUUCCUGCGCUUUCACUCAACUAAUCAUUUAACCACAGAUCAAAUAAGAUCAAUUCAUAUCCUACCAUGUAUUGAGUGAUGUUCACAGCAGGUUUACUCAGUUGGAUGUCUUCACCUACUUGAAAAUCUGCGGAAACUGUGUCAGCUCAUGAAGCAUGAGGUCACUUUUAUAAGGAUCCAUUUUAUGGGUAACGCACUGUAAAUAAAGAGUAUAGAACUUUGGUUGAAGUGACGUUUGUGUGAGUGCGCGUUUCCAUACCUUCAUGUUUAGGUUCUUUGACUUGUUUCGCCCGGCUGACUCCCUGUUGUAUUCGUGAUCAUCUUUGGGUCAUGACAAAGCCAGUGACCACAGGUGAGAUCGGAAUCCACCGCUACCAUGACAACGCUCACUGAUCCGAUUUUCCAUCCAAACAACUGUAAAAUGGAGGUCAAUUCUGAUUCAGCUCUUGUGGUGAGGAGCCUCUCCAUCUCUUUUAAUCUUUUGACCCUUUAUAAAACCAUUUUCUUUAUGUUUCUGUUUGAAUGACUUUUUUUUUUUAUCAAUUAUUCUUUCAAUGGAGUUAAUUGAAACAAAUCUGCCACGUUCAAGUUUCAGUUGAUUUCUGUUGUACAAUAUUGGACCACAGCGAAAUUAUACUGGUGUUUUAUAAUGAUAUUAUUUCAUGAAAACACAUUUUGUUGGUCAUCCAGCCCUCUGUGUGCUGGUUUUAACUACAACGGAGAAGGCAGGGAAUGUCAGAAUCAUAUCAAGGACAUUCUGUAGAAUUUGUCAAAUUCACAUAUCAAGUGACGUAUAAACUCAAGGUGAGCCACAUCAACUCAGGUUUUAGUGAAUUACUCAUGCAGGGUAACAUUUUUACAACACACGGGGGAGAAAUGGCAGUUUUGGACCACCAUUUUCAAGUGACUCAAAUCAAAAGCGAGAACUAAAAAUGAUUUAUUUUCAUCAGUUCAUCAUGCCAUUUUUAAAUUGUAUGAAGAAAAUACAUACAAACUAAAAGUCCGCCAACAAAGCUAGUGAAAAACUGUCAUGAUGAAGAUACUUGUUUUUCCACUGUUAAGCAGCUCAAAAUAGCAAUAUUUUACUCUGUUUUAACAAAUACAAAAUAAACAUAUAUAAAUGCAAAUCACAAUCUAUAUUUGAAAUCUGCCCAUGAAAUCAAAUUGUUAUAGUCUGCGUGCACGUCUGUGGCACUAAGCUGAGGCAACUCGUGGCUGACGCUAUUUGACUGAAGAAUGUUAGCUGCAUCACAGUCUACAACACCGUAGCCAUCACAUGUAAGUCAUAUUUGUAUUUUCUUUUUAACUUUCUGUUGCCACCUUUUACAUGAUGUCAGCUAACACUCACUAGCUAUUGUUAUUGGCAUGAAUCUUGUCAGGUUUUUACAGAGCUAUUGCUCUGUGAGAUUUUUACAUAUUAUUAAUUCAAAUAUCUGAAUAUAUUGCAUCAUGUUCCGUAGUCAUAUUAACACACUGCAUGAAGGAGUGUCAUGACAGCUGUUCGAAAGCCAAUUUGUUUGCCUACAUGUAUUUCCACAGGUUACGUUUCUCCACACAAACACGUCUCGUCCCCCUCUUUGUCUACAUAUGACACAUGACUGAUAUUGCAUGUAAAUUGUUUUAAAUCUCUAUUCCUUUUGCAUUUAUCUAUCUUCUGCCUGCGUGGUACUUUCA